AUAACAUAAAUCUAAGCAUUGAAAUCAGCUAAUCAUUGAUGGAUUGAUGAAUAUUAGAUUUUACCAAGUAUUUCGACUUAACUCCUAGUGAAACCAAAACAACGUGCGGGAAAAUUUUCUGUCACAAUAGGACUGGCAAGCCACCUGCUUACUCACCGUGUAAUAAUGGUCUUGGUCAUCAUCGCACGCGGAGGGCGAACAACAGCAACACACAGUAUCAAACAGAAUCGGUUUCAAUAGAAAUAAAAAGAAUAUCCUCGUUUCAAUACGAAUAUUGUAUUUCAACCAUUGACUUAGCGCGUUAUCACGUGUAAGAAGAUGAAGUCCAAUGGGAUACUCUUUGUAGUAAUCCUAAGCCAGAUAGUCACAGCCCCAGGUCAGGGAACUUGUGACGAAGACAUCCCCUCUAGGCAAUCACCACGUCCGGAUUUUCUGCCCAUGGCCUUAACGUCCAAUGCCCAGCCACCAGGGUGCGGUGCAGGAGAGUAUCUCGACUGGUUCAGUUGUGAGCCUUGUGAAUAUGGGACGUUCAUGACGAGAAAGAUGGCCAGGGAAGGAAACUACAUCAGAUGCUCAGAUUGCUACAGGCCCGAUGAAGACAAGGUGAGAUCCUUCAAAAUACUUUAUCGCGAAAAAUUUGUAUUAAAUGUAUGUAGCUAUAUUUUUCCUUCUAUGUCUAACCAAGUGAGAUUUAUUUUAUUUUUUGUUACGCCCAAUGAGCCAUUAACUGCAUUUUAUUCAGAAAUUAUUAUCAUACUUAUUAUCUUACUAAAAAAACAAACAACUAACAGCAACCGAAUCUGUUUUGAUAUUUGGUUCAUAAUAAAAGAAAUAUAUGUACAAUUCAUGAAUUCUUCAGACAUAAACAUUUGAUGGAGGCAUAUCGAUCAUAUCCAUUUUGUUGUUGUCAAUCUUUAGUUUGAAAUCCUUGAAGAACCGUGCACCAAGACAAGAGACGCAAAGAUCAUGUGUGAAGAUGGAUAUUACAGAAGGAGUGUACCGGGAAAACCCUGUCAGUCUGAAUGCGCACGGUGCGAUGUGUGCGGACUGGGAAUCUUUAUGUUUUCAAACCACGAAGGACGUCAAUGUCACGGUGACCUGAACACAGUCUGCUGCCCCCACGGAGACAUGGUCGUGGAGGCGGGAAUAUGUUUGACCACAACACCAACCACGACCACAGGAGAAUCUGAAGUGUCCAUAAGGGACCCCGAAGCUGUGGUUUUGUCAACGGCUUCAGUCCCAGGAGGUCUAGCCCCUUCGAACACACCAGACGAUAUUACGAUGUAUAUUGUGUUGUUGAUUUUCCAAAUUCUGUUGAUAAAAUACGUGAGAAUGUAACCUUUAAGUCUAGUACUCACUCAGAUAUAGGGACCUUUUUAUCGAGACUCUAAACUUUAGGUGUAGUACUCACUCAGAUAAAGGGACCUUUUUAUCGAAACUGCUUUUGGCAUCAGCAAAUAGAUACUAGGUACAAAUGUUACCGAGGAGCACCACGCUCUGAUAUCCUUUUACAAUAAAUUACAACGACUCCUGUGUGCUGCUGUUAUUUCUAAAUGCACGAGGACAGCUAAAGAAUGAGUGGAUUUUUUAAAUCAACACAAUACGCCCAGCACAAGGAAUCUCAAACGGAUAGUUUUAAUGAUCAUAUUCAUCAAAGGGAAACAACGCCAUACAAACUGAUGAUUAAGAGAACCAGGAAUGGCGCAAACAAAUUAAUCUUGUUCAGGAUAUUUCAGAGUUGUAAGUUUUUUUGUUGGUUUUCCAAAUCCGAAUGAAUACACCCGACAUGCUGGAUGGUCAGGAGAAAUAUCCAUCAUUUAAAUGUGCAGUGGAUACGCUUGAAUCCACUUAGGGGUGAAAAUUUUAUGAUACUGGACAUUGUGUAGGC